AUGUCUUCACACACGGUGAAGCGACGGAAGAUCAGCCCAGAACCGUCUGGUGCAACUCAAUCCGACAAUCCUCAAACCACCGCAACAGCAACAACCACAGACUCGAAGGCAAAGAAGAGUGACCAGACCUCUUCUACCCGCCGAAAUGACUCUUUGACGAAGGGCCUGUCGGGAAAUAAAGGAAAGGAUGAGCGAUCCGCUGAGCUCGCAAUGGCUAGUGGCUUUUAUAAGUCCAGCUUCUUCAAGCUGCAGAUGGAUGAGCUAUUGACCGGCCUGAGACCGAACUACGACAAACAGAUCUCGAAGUUACAGGACACCCUGCACAAAUUGAAGACCGCCAUUGAAAACCUCCCCGAAAAGUCUCCCAAAUCCACCUCGGAAGCGGAGAAGGAGCUUCGCACUGUGUCCGGCGGAGUCACAGUCCCCUGGCCCGAGCCUCGACCUGCAAAGGAUGCGAAAUACACCAUGUCCUACGCGAAGCCAUCGAACAUAAAUGUGAUCGGAAGUUUUGCAUUAAGAAAUGGCGCAAAGACCUCCGACUCUCGGCCGGUGGAUCUGGCAGUGACUAUGCCCAACUCUAUCUUCCAAGAUAAGGACUACGUCAAUUAUCGCUAUUUCCACAAGAGGGCGUACUAUGUUGCAUGCAUCGCAGCCGGAAUCCAGGAGACCGCAAAUGCCCUUGACUUCGAGGUCAAGUUCGGACACCAAGACGGAGACAGUCUUCGCCCUUUAAUUCUACUGGAGCCCCGUCCUUCCGCCAAAGGCGACAAAUCGACAUCAUCGCGCCCCCAGAUCCGAAUUCUGACUGCAAUUGAUCCUACCCUGUUUCCAAUUGCCCGGACACAACCCGCGAAGUGCAACAUCCGACAAGGCUCUUCAGCCGACAAUGCAGAAAGUGGCGAACCGACUCCAUUCUACAACGCGAGUCUUCGAUCCGAGGCCACAGUCUCUCUCUACCAUAAACAGCUCCACCUGGCCUCUCAAAAGUGCGAGUCAUUCCGCGACGCUUGUAUCUUGGGACGCACAUGGCUGCAGCAACGAGGCUUCUUCUCUCCAUUUCAGAAUGGAGGUUUUGGUGGUUUCGAGUGGGCCACACUCGUGUCUCUUUUGUUUGAAGGCGGUGGCCCUACUGGACAGCCAAUUCUCAUGCGUUCAUACAGCAGUUAUCAAAUCUUCAAGGCCGUUGUGCAAUUUCUGGCUGGCCGAGACCUGACGACACCUCUGCUUAUGAACGCCACCGACAUUCCUGUCUCUGGUAAUGGCCCGGUACUAUACGAUGGUCGCAGGGGAUUGAACAUCCUAUACAAAAUGACUUCCUGGUCAUAUGCGUCCCUCCGCCACGAAGCCAGUGUCACCCUCAAGAUGCUCAAUGAAUCUCGGACGGACAAUUUCGACCGAGUCUUCAUUGUCAAGGUCGAUGAGCCGGCUUUGAGAUUUGACCGUCUUAUCUCCUUCCCCAAGUCAUUCCAUGGAGACACUCUUCAAGCUCUUCGCGAUCAGAAUGCGCUGUAUAACGUUCUUUCGAGGGCUCUUGGGGACCGUGUCAAGCUCGUCUCCUUGACGAGCCGUUCUGCCGGCUCUUGGUCGGUCCGCUCAAAGGCACCAAACAAGAAAGCAAGCCAUGAGCUCUCAGUGGGUCUUCUGCUCGAUGCCGAUAAUGUAUCCCGCGUUGUCGACCAUGGCCCUGCCGCCGAAGAAAAGGAGGAGGCAGCAUCAUUCCGAGCUUUCUGGGGUAACAAAGCAGAGCUUCGACGAUUCAAGGAUGGCAGUAUCCUAGAGAGUCUUGUGUGGUCUGACCAGCCCUCGGAGGAUUCAAUUGUUCAUCAAAUCUUGGUCUGCAUCCUGGAUCGCCAUUUCCAGAUCCCAGAAGAUGAUUUCUUGCUUACCGGUGAUGAGUAUGACGACCUACUCUACGAUGAGGGUGACGAGAUCGUGUCGUACCAAAAUCCCACUUUCCAGUCGAUCAAGGAGGCAUUUAGCGAAUUGGAGCAGUCAGUCCGAAGUAUGGAGGAAGUUCCAUUGGAAAUUCGACACCUUGCCCCAGCCAGUCCACUUCUCCGGUAUACCGCGCUUCGAGUACAAGGGUCAGCAGCCAACGAGCCAGCAGACGUUGUUCUUCAAUUCGAAAGUUCAUCACGCUGGCCCGAUGACUUUGCUGCAAUCCAAAUGACAAAGGCAGCCUUCCUCAUUAAAAUUGGCGACUCCUUGAAGUCAUCAGGCGCCGCAUCCUCAUGCCGUGUCGGCUUGGAGAACGAAACCAGCAAGAUCCUGAACAGCGGAUACCUUGACAUCGCCCACUCCUCAGGCUUCCACUUCCGCCUGAGAAUCCACCACGAACGCGAACAAACCCUCCUCGAGCGCCAAUUAAAAGACAAGACCAUCAGCCCCCGGGAACGCGAAGAAGUCGCCCACGCUCUCUUCGCCUACAAGAAGAAUUUCAUCCAAGCGCCCCGUCUAACCCAAGCGAUCCGCAGUCUCUGCACUCGCUUCCCACUCCUCUCCCCGACAAUCCGCCUGGUCAAAUUCUGGUUCCACUCCCACCUGUUCUCAGCCCACAUCUGCGACGAAAUGAUCGAACUCAUCACAACUCGAGCUUUCACCCAGCACUACCCCUGGAACAGCCCAUCCAGCAUCAUGACCGGAUUCCUACGAACCCUACACUUCCUCUCCCGCUGGGACUGGCAACACGAGGCUCUAACCAUCGACCUCGCCGGCGAUCUAACCCCCGAAAUGAGCGAUAAAAUCCGCACUCGCUUCAACGCAUGGCGCAACAUCGAUCCGGCAAUGAACACGCUCGCCCUAUUCGUCGCAUCCGACAUCGACACCGAGGGUGUAACAUGGACACAAUACGAAAUGCCGCCCAAGGUCGUAGCAGGCCGACUAUCCGCUCUUUCCAAAGCAGCAAUGGACUUACUCCGAAGCCAAGGCCACGACCUCGAUAUCCCGGAUCUCUUCCAGACCUCGCUCGCACCUUAUGACUUCGUCAUCAACCUGCGACCAAAGAUGCUCGGCGACCGCGCCGUGUCCAAAUUCAAGAAUAUCGCCGAGGCAGAGGUCUCCGGCCGCGCGGGCAAAAUGGCCAUCGUCAAGGCUUUUGUUCGGGACGUCCAGGCUUGCUACGGUUCGAGUUUGCUCCUGUUUCACGGGGAUACGAGUGCGGACGUCGUUGCUGGAAUUUGGAACCCGCAGACGCUGAAUGCGAAAAGUUGGAAUUUGAAGACUGCUUAUUCGACUGCGCCUGCGCCGGGUAAUGACUCUACACAGCUGGAUCGCGUCGUGAUUAACCAGUCCGCGAUCCUGAACGAAAUUGCCAGACUUGGAGAGGGCCUCAUUGAUACGAUAGAGAGCGGCAAAGUUGUAGCUUAG